UCACAAGCCACUUUGAUCAGGCGUCUUUUUCGUGGUCCGUGUUUCGUGUUACCUUCAAUUUUAUUCUGUAGCCCAUUUUCCUUUGUUCGACAAGAUGGAGACCCCAGAAGAAGCGAACGUUUCAGCAGAAUCGGUCGUCGACGAAGACCUAAAACGCCUCGCCCAUCAGAUGAUCCUGUUCGUGUACGAGUUGAUGGCGAUCGACUGGAACGCUUGGAAUUUGGAGUUCUGGGAAUCGUUUCGCCGCACGCAAGAACACCUUACGAUGUCCGCCAAGGCACUGCGAACCUUUUUCUUCCAUGACAUUAUGCAAAAUCCGGACUACUUAGAAAACCUGCAAUACGACGUUCGGUCGUACAUCAAUCCAAUGUUCAACUGCUACCGAAAGGACGUCCUGCAGCACGUCGAUUGCUGCGAGACGAUCGAUUUCGUGAAGGACGGGCCUUUGCCGCCCGUCGGGGCCGCGGGUUUGCCACCGAUUAAACUGCAAACCAAACCGGUUGUCGGAGGCCCAGGUCUGGAGCAGGUAUCGGCGCCAGUGGAGCAUCCAUCUGCGCCAACCGUCGAUCUGACAUUGCGCUACAUCUACAUGUCGGAGCAAUUGAGCGAACUCCUGUGGACGGAGGACGAAAAGCUAUCGAAACCGACAUUAUCGAUGGCCGAAUGUAUGCAACGGAUUGCCGUUCUGACGAGCAGCGGCAUCCCGUUGGCACAAUGCAUCGAGCCCGGUAUGAAGUGCUACGACCGUGUGCGACAGCUCGGUUCGGCCCAAUCGUCAGAAAACGUGCCGCCAACACAAUCUGCCGAAAGUUCGUCGGCCAGCUACGGUACGCCCCUAGCACAGUCGACCGCCCUGAUGGGCAAAAAGGGUCCCAUGCGUGCAGGCUUAACCCCGGCGAAAAAGGAGAGCGCAAGCUCUGGCGUGGCUAGCUUCAGAACCCCACUAACCACUUCAACGCCUUAUCUGCCCCGACCGUUGAAAAGCCGUCCCGACGAUGGUCAACAACCGUGCUGUAGUUACCGUUCGGUGAAAAAGCGAGUUGAAAAGCCAAUUUCGGAACAAAGAUAA